GCUGGGGGGCGCUGUUGAGCCACGGGCUGUGACCACACUACGAGCCUCGGAGCAGGGCCCUUCCUGCCUCAGUGGGCCCAACCAGCGGCAAGGCUUAAAGGAAUGCCCCUCCUCCCCUUCCCUCCUGGCUGCACCCACUCGCUGCCGCCUGCAGGACAGACUCAGGACACAGGAGACUCACCCCCACUGAGGCCCAGAUAGGCGCCCAGCCCUUGGCCGCGCGGUUUGGCCACAUCCCCUCAGCAGUACUGUGAGGUGGGGGUCCUCAUCCCCAUUUCAAAGACGGGGAAACUGAGGCUUGUGAAGGAAGGAGGUGUGCAGUGCAUGCACUAGUGAGAGGUGUGCUGAGCCUGCACCGAAACCGUUUCUUUCCAAGGCACCAGCUGCCUCGGAGAGCGGAGACCUGGGAUGAGGCCCAGAGGGCUGCAGCAGGACCUUCAGGUGCUCUGGGUUUUGUGUCACAGAGGGGAGAAGGUGGCGAUGCUAUGAGUGUCCUGCGGGAGCUGCGCCUGGAGGAGCCUGCAGGCCUGAGCCAGGGUGACACUGAAGAUGAUGACCUUCUUCCAAGGCCUCUCGGGCCAUCAGCCUGUGCAGGGUACCCUCGACUUCCCCAGAAGCCCCCAAAAGUUGCCGUCCACAUCAGAGGCAGAGUCAGAGACCUCCAUGUCAGUGGCCUCCUCUGAGGACCUGGUGCCACCCCUGGAGGCUGGGACAGCCCUAUACAGGGAGGAGGAAAAGACAGUGAAGAAGAAGAAGGAGAAGAAGAAGAAGUCCAAAGGCCUGGCCAAUGUGUUCUGCGUCUUCACCAAAGGGAAGAAGAAGAAGGGUCAGCUCAGCUCAGCGGAGCCCGAGGGCACAGCCAGGUCCAGGCAGGGGCAGGAUGGCCCGCCCCCAACAGUGGAGGAGCUGAAGGCGGCGCUGGAGCGCGGACAGCUGGAGGCGGCUCUGCCGCUGCUGGCGCUGGAGCGGGAGCUGGCGGCGGCGGCGGCGGCGGGCGGUGCCAGCGAGGAGGAGCUGGUGCGGCGCCAGAGCAAGGUGGAGGCGCUGUACGAUCUGCUGCGCGACCAGGUGCUAGGCGUGCUGCGGCGGCCGCUGGAGGUGGCGCCAGAGCAGCUGCGCCAGGCGCUGGCCGUGGUGUCGGAGCAGGAGAGCGAGGACCGCCAGGCGGCGGCGGCGGCGGCGGCGGCGGCAGCGGCGGCAGGGCCGGGGACCUCGGGACUGGCGGUCACGCGCCCGCGGCGCUGGCUGCAGCUGUGGCGUCGAGGUGUGGCAGAGGCGGCCGAGGAGCGCAUGGGCCAGCGGCCGGCCGCGGGCCCCGAGGUCCCCGAGAACGUCUUUUUGCACUUGGGCCGCACCAUGAAAGAGGACCUGGAGGUCGUGGUGGAGCGACUGAAGCCGCUGUUCCCGGCCGAGUUCGGCGUCGUGGCGGCCUACGCCGAGAGCUACCACCAGCACUUCGCGGCCCACCUGGCCGCCGUGACGCAGUUCGAGCUGUGCGAGCGCGACACCUACAUGUUGCUGGUCUGGGUGCAGAACCUCUACCCCAAUGACAUCAUCAAUAGCCCCAAGCUGGCGGGUGAGCUGCAGGGUGUGGGGCUCGGGAGCCUCCUGCCCCCCAGACAGAUCCGGCUGCUGGAGGCCACAUUCCUGUCCAACGAGGCGGCCAAUGUGAGGGAGCUGAUGGACCGAGCUCUGGAGCUAGAGGCACAGCACUGGGCUGAGGAUGUGCCUCCCCAGAGGCUGGACGGCCACUGCCACAGCGAGCUGGCCAUCGACAUCAUCCAGAUCAUCUCCCAGGCCCAGGCCAAGGCCGAGAGCAUCACGCUGGACUUGGGCUCACAGAUAAAGCAGGUGCUGCUGGUGGAGCUGCCUGCAUUCCUGAGGAGCUACCAGCGCGCCUUUAGUGAAUUUCUGGAGAGAGGCAAGCAGCUGAGGAAUUACAGGGCCAAUGUCAUUGCCAAUAUCAACAACUGCCUGUCCUUCCGGAUGUCCAUGGAGCAGAAGUGGCAGGUACCCCAAGACACCCUGAGCCUCCUGCUGGGCCCCCUGGGUGAGCUCAAGAGCCAUGGCUUUGACACCCUGCUCCAGAACCUGCGUGAGGACCUGAAGCCGCUAUUCAAGAGGUUCACGCACACCCGCUGGGCGGCCCCCAUGGAGACUCUGGAAAAAAUCAUCACCACCGUGGACGUCAGGCUGCCUGAGUUCUCAGAACUGCAGGACUGUUUCCGGGAGGAGCUCAUGGAGGCCGUGCACCUGCACCUGGUGAAGGAGUACAUCAUCCAGCUCAGCAAGCGGCGCCUCGUCCUCAAGACCGCUGAGCAGCAGCAGCAGCUGGCUGGGCACAUCCUGGCCAAUGCUGACACCAUCCAGCACUUCUGCACCCAGCACGGCUCCCCGGCGACCUGGCUGCAGCCUGCUCUCCCCACGCUGGCAGAGAUCAUUCGCCUGCAGGACCCCAGUGCCAUCAAGAUUGAGGUGGCCACUUACGCCACCUGUUACCCUGACUUCAGCAAAGGCCACCUGAGCGCCAUCCUGGCCAUCAAGGGGAACCUAUCCAACAGUGAGGCCAAGAGCAUCCGGAGCAUCUUGGAUGUCAGCACAGGGGCGCAGGAGCCCUCCAGGUCCCUAUUUUCCCUUAUAAAGGUCUCCUGUGCUCUGAUGCUGCUUCUGCCUAGCCCUGGCGGAGGUGCAGACCCUGUCAGCUGGAACUGGACAGACCUUGGUUUGUUUACACGUCCGAUGGGGGCAGGAGCUCCCAUUACGGGCAGCCAACCAGGUAACACCAAGGACUCUUUGUAAACAAUAGCUGAUCGUGUACACGCAAGCAAAGAACCAGGAGGGAGAGUGUGCCAGGCUCAGGGCUCCCCGGCCACCUCUGUCCAGGGCCCCUCCACCAUCAGCCUCAUGACUGUCCUCCUGGCGGGGGGGGACGAGGGCCCUCUCCAGCUCCCUGGAGACAGGGGCCGAGCCUCACCCGUCUGCCCUCUGCAGCCCAGGGCCGCCGUGAGCUGGGUUCAGCAAGGCUGGAAUGGAAGACAGAACUGGAAGAGAACAAAGGAAAAGAUGAACUCUUAUCUGGCAGGGGCCUGUGGGGUCCUGUGUUGUGGCCACUGCCAGCAUUAGACGUCAUGUCCAGAUGGCCCCACGGCCCCUACUGGCUGACCCUGCAAUGGGGCCCUGAGCCCUCCCUCUUCAUCCCCCAAGGCCUCAACCAGAGGGUGGUCCCCCAAGACCUUGGUGUCCACUACAGAAGGGCCCAGGACCUCCUGGGUCAUCUCAGGCUCCCGCUUCCCAGAGGCAAGGACAGGCCCUGGGGGUGUCUCUGUCGGCCCUGCUACCCAGAAGUCUGGCUGAGGUCUGGGCAGGGGCAGGGCAAGCUUGACCUCUCACCUCUGACCCUUUGGCUUCUGUAUUUAUUUCCUAUUGCCGUGACAGGUUUCCACAAACUUUGUGGAUCAAAAUUUGGUCUUCCAGUUCUGCGGGUCAGAAGGCUGACCCGGGUCUAAAAUCUGGGUGUCGGCAGGCCUGCGCUCCUGGAGGCUCUAGGGGAGAAUUGAUUUCUGGCCUUUUCAUUUUUCGAGGCUAUCCAUACUUCUUGACUUCAGGCUCCUUCAUCUUCAGAGCCAGCUGUGGGUAGUUGAAUCUUUUUCCCAUCACCUCAUUGAAGCCUCCCCUCUCCUGCCUCCCUCUACCACCUUUUUUUUUUUUGAGACAGGGUCUUGCUGUGUUGCCCAGGCUGGAGUGCAGUGGCCUGGUCAUGGCAUCAAGGCUCACUGUAGCCUGGACCUCUGGGUUCAAGUGAUCCUCUUGUCUCAGUCCCCUGAGACAAUCCCCCACACCCAGCUACAUACUUUCUGUGGAUACAGGAUCUUAUUCCGUUGCCUAGGAUUGUCUGAAACUCCUGGGCUCAAGCCAUCCUGUAGCCUUAGCCUCCUAAAGUGCUGGGAUCAUAGGCAGGAGCCACUGCACCCGGCCUGCUCUGCCGCUUUUAAGGACGCUUGUGAUCGCAUUGCGCCUACCCAGAGAACCCAGGUCAUCUUUCUAUUUUAAGGUUAGCUGAUUAGCCACCUUAGUUCCAUCUGCAACUUUAAUUCCCACUGGCUGUGUAACCUAACAUGGUCACGGGCUCUGGGGACUGUCACAUGGACAUCUUUGGGAGGCUGUUCCUCUGCCCACCGGAGCCUCCGUUCAUCCCCUGCCCUGCAGAGCACCUGGCUGUACCCCAGGAAAAUGUGAGCUCGUUUUCCUGCUCGGCCUGUGCUACCCCUAAGGCCCUGCUCCUCCCUGGGCCUGAAAGUUCCUUCUCAGCCCGACAGGGGGCCCUUCAGACUCAGGCUUGACUCAGCCCUGCUGAUGCCUCUGCAGGGCUGAGGCUGGGUUUCCGGCGGGCUCUCUUGGCUCCGUCCCCUUUCCCCAGGUACUGGCUUACAAAGCUGUGGCCAGAAACUGGCCCGUAUAGAUGAUGCCCAAGGUCUUUGUACAUUUGUAGGAGUUCAUGUGUUUGAUAUUGUUAAUAUAAUAAUUAUUUUUUAUAGUACUGCUUUUGUAUGUAUGUUAAACAGGCUCCAGGUUUUUAUAGCUUGAUAUAAAACAGAAUUCAGAAGUGA